AUGGGGAAGCGGGACAAUCGGGUGGCCUAUAUGAAUCCUAUAGCAAUGGCCAGAUGGAGGGGCUCAUCUCAAUCUGCAGGCCCAACAAUACAAGAUUAUCUGAAUCGACCAAGGCCCACCUGGGAAGAAGUGAAAAAACAAUUAGAAAAUAAAAAGAAAGGCUCCAAGGCAUUAGCUGAAUUUGAAGAAAAAAUGAAUGAGAACUGGAAGAAGGAACUAGAAAAAAGCAGAGAGAAAUUAUUAAGUGGAAAUGGGAGCUCAUCCAAAAAAAGAGAAAGAAAGAAAAAGAAAAAGAAGAAAUCUUGUCGGUCUUCAUCUUCUUCUUCAUCAAACACUGAUUCUUCAAGCAAUUCUCCAGAUUCUGAAGGUGAGGAAAAGAAAGAAGGAAAAAAGAGAAAGAAAAAGAAGAACCAUUCAUACAAAUCAUCAGAAAGCUCUCCAUGUGAUUGUGAAUCAGAGAGCAAGGAAUCUGUAAAAAAGAAAAAGAAGUCAAAGGAUGUAACAGAGAAAGAAAAGUGUAUUAGAAGUCUCAGCAAAAAAAGAAAGAAGACUUGUCCUGAGAAUAAACUUUUAUCAUUGGAGUCCUCAUCAGAAUCAGAUUAUGAAGAGGAGAUGCAAGCAAAAAAGAAGAGAAGAUGUGAAGAGGAAGAAAAAGCAAAGAAGAAGAAGAAGAAACAGCACAAAAAACAUAGUAAGAAGAAGAAAAAGAAAUCAGGUUCAAGUCACAAAUCAGGAUAG